CCAGAUGUUGCUGCAACGACUAGUUCCCGAUUGUCUGAAGACUUUGAGAGAGAGCUUAGUGCCCGGCGUAGAGCAUUCCGACGAUGGUCACGCCACAGAUCCUUGUAUGCUGAUGAUAAUGAAGAUGAAGAAUACGGGGAAGGAACAGGAACUGGAGCUGGAACAGGAGGUGGAGAUAGGGUGAUGAUGGGGACAAGGAUAUCAGAGGGACAUCAGAAUUAUGUUUUGAUGUACAAUAUGCUGACCGGUAUACGGAUUGCAGUUGGAAGAGUGUCUGCAAAGACAAGUCGGCCAAUUGAAGACGUUGAUUUCAAAGCAGCUCAUAAACUUGCAUUUGAUGUUACAGGUGAUGAAUUGACUCCUGGAGCAAAAUAUGAUUUCAAGUUUAAAGACUAUGCACCUUGGGCAUUUCGACAUUUGAGAGAAAAGUUUGGAAUUGACCCUGCUGAUUAUUUGAUAUCCCUGACUAGCAAAUACAUCUUAUCUGAACUGGGCUCACCUGGAAAGAGUGGGAGCUUCUUUUAUUAUUCACGCGAUUACAGGUUUAUAAUCAAGACGAUCCAUCGUACAGAGCAUGUUUUUAUGAGAAAGAUCUUGAAGCAGUAUCAUGAUCACGUGUGUAGAAAUCCAAAUACCCUUCUUUGCAGAUAUUAUGGCCUUCAUCGUGUCAAACUCCCUCAUGGAAGGAAGAUUCACUUUGUAGUCAUGGGAAAUGUGUUCCCACCAAACAAGGACAUUCAUGAAACGUAUGACCUGAAAGGUUCAACAUUUGGUCGGUUUUUGGCAGAAGAAGAGAUAAGAAAGAACCCAUACGCAGUCAUGAAGGACCUGAAUUGGGAGAAGCGUGCAAAAGAGCUACAGUUGGGACCUAGCAAGCGGCGAAUGUUUGUAGUUCAACUCUUACGAGAUGUCAAGUUGCUGGUCGGAUUGAAUAUAAUGGACUAUAGUCUUUUGAUUGGAGUGCAUGACAUGAUCCGUGGUAACAAGGACAACGUACGAGACUCUACACUUCAGUUUUUCCAGCCAGACACAAAGUCUGCUGAGCGACGGGCAUCGAUGAUGAAACGAAGGGAGAGCAAGGCAGACGUAUUCCGUAAAGUGAUCGCUGAAGCAAACCCAGAUCCUCUGGAUGUAUCCGAAUUGCCUGAUGGCCUACGUAGCAACUGUGUUUUUUAUUCGAAUGAAGGUGGUUUCCAGGCUACAGAUGAGUCUAACCGUCCUCUACCCACUCUUUAUUUCAUGGGCAUCAUUGACAUAUUAACACCGUACGACAUCAAGAAAAAAUCGGAGCACUUUUUCAAGGCCAUGACCCAAGACAAGAACUCGAUAUCGUCUGUGAAACCAGCUGUGUAUGGAAAGCGUUUCAUGAGCUUUGUG